GGUUGUUGAUGUAAUGCUGGUGUUGGUCGAUGUUUGAGAUAUUAUCUAACAUCGAAGGCUCUGCUGCUCUCAGCCAACUUCGCGUCCCGGCGCAGUGGUCUGGGCCAGAUUGGGAAGGAGGAUAUAAUCAGCUCCUCCAAAGCGCUGGGUCAGCACUCACCAUCCAGAGGAACAGCCUUCCAUACAACUCACUUUUGUUUCUAGAAGCCUGCCUUGUUCUCUCUUAUUGUUCUCGAAGCUUGGUGCUCGAUAUAAAUACAGCCCAGUAUGCUUCUAUUGUUCAUCUUUGUUUUCCAUUAUCUCCAUCACUCCCAGUCUUCCAUUCUCUUGCUUUUCGCUUGUCUUCUCUCCUGCUGCUAUCGCCUCUAAGCCUUUUUCAUCCUCACCAAUGUCUUGUCAAAACAGAAACUCAAAUUCAAGAAACUUUGAAAACUUUGUCCUAUUCGACAACCCUUUGCAAAUCUUGGACAACAUGGACGUUGUCGAGAAAAACAUGAGCAAUCCAGCUUUUGAACAAAUCCAAACCACCACAGACAUUAACUACACUCAUUUUGUCACCUACAAAGCUCAACAAUACUACAUGAAUAACAGCAAUUCUUAUUCUCAACACUUAUAAUCUAAUCCCAGAAUUUUGGGUCUCAAACAUUGAUCCAUAUCUCAUUGCCUUUACUGCUAUUUCUCAUUUUCUCUUGUUUUAUUUUUGUUUUUUUUGCUACUUUUUUCAAAAAAAACAUGCUCCUUCACUGUUGGCUUUGCCGGUUAUUAGAACAACUUUAUCUCAUGUUCAAUUUAAAUGUGGUGAAUGGCACAAAAAACUAUCCCUGGUUUUCUGGGGUUCUUUUUCUUUCUGUUUUUAUGUUAUUCAAAGCUUUCUUUUUUAAUUAUUGCUGCUUUUCUCUUUAAUUAAUUGUAUUAUCCAUUUUUAUAUGUUUUUUUAUUUAAUAUUUCAUAACCCAUAAUUUAUAAUUCAUAAUACCAAAAUCUAUUUUCUAUUUACUAUUUUCUAUUUUAGAAUUUAGAAUUUACAUCUCCUUUCUUACUUUUUACAUUUCAAAUUUUAUAUUUAAAAUUUUCUAAUAUACAUUCGCUU